AUGGAUGUGUUGGCAAUUGUUUUGUUUCAUUAACAAAGCUGAAAAAGAAAUGAAUCAUAUACACUCAAAAUGAACAUGGUUGUUACAUCAGUAGCCCAACAAAUGCUAUUUUAGUUUGUAUGGAGUGGUCAUGGGGUCAGCUAUGUUGAGAUCAGACAUGGGACUUGCUUGGGUCCCUAGAACCAUUCCAACAUAUUAGCUAAGGCCCUGCUCGUAUUCAUCCAAAUACAGUCUCACAAGAUCUCACACCAAUUGUAAUUUACUUUACCAACCGCCAGAGUGCAGGGUUUCACUGUGCUCGGACCCUGCACUUCCUCUCCAGCUCUCACGGUGGAGGAUUAAACAGUGAAGUUAACUAGAGUGCGCGCGCCUGCCCUGCUCUUAUGUUGAGAGAGGAGACUGCGGGUCGGACUAUCCAUCACCUUUAACGCUGAACCCGAUGGAGCUGCUUUUAUCACCGUAGACAAUCUGGACAUGGAAUCGAAUGGAAAAUGAGUCCAGUGCGCAAACUGCACUGAGGAACUUUUUCUGGCAUCGCUUGGAAUUUGUUCUUAUACUUAAACAGUGGCUUGAAAACACAAAUGCAAAAUGAGUAACAUCUAUGAGUCCGCUGCCACCACGCUGGGCCUCUUCAACAGCCCAUGUCUGACAAAAGUGGAGCUCCGUGUGGCCUGUAAAGGAAUAUCUGACAGGGAUGCUCUGUCCAAGCCUGACCCCUGCGUUGUCCUCAAGAUGCAGUCCCACGGGCAGUGGUUUGAGGUGGAUCGGACAGAGGUGAUUCGCAGCAGCAUCAUUCCAGUUUUCUCCAAAGUCUUCACAGUUGACUACUAUUUUGAGGAAGUGCAGCGCCUCCGUUUUGAGCUCCAUGACAUCAGUAGCAACCAUAAUGGACUCAAAGAGGCUGACUUCCUGGGUGCCAUGGAGUGUACGCUUGGACAGAUUGUAUCACAAAGAAAACUGUCUAAAUCUUUACUGAAGCAAGGAAACACAACUGGCAAAUCAUCUAUUACAGUCACAGCUGAAGAGCUGUCUGGGAAUGAUGACUACGUGGAGCUUGCCUUCAGUGCCAAGAAACUGGAUGACAAGGACUUUUUUAGCAAGUCGGAUCCAUUUCUGGAAAUCUUCAGAGUGAAUGAUGAUGGCACAGCAUCACUGGUGCACAGAACAGAAACCAUUAUGAACAAUCUCAGUCCUGUCUGGAAAUCCUUCAAAGUUUCUUUAAACACACUCUGCAGUGGAGACCAUGAGCGGGAGUUAAAGUGUACAGUAUGGGACUGGGAUUCUAACGGCAAACACGACUUCAUAGGAGAAUUUCAAACCACAUUCAAGGAGAUGAAGUCAGCCAUGGAUGGGAAGCUGGCAUUAUCACAAGAGAAACUACAAACUGAUCUUGGCCAAAAGAUGCAGUGGGAGUGUAUUAAUCCUAAGUACCAAGUGAAGAAGAAGAACUACAGAAAUUCUGGAAUGGUAAUUCUUACCCUGUGCAAGAUUAUAAAGAUGCACUCUUUCCUGGAUUACAUCAUGGGAGGUUGUCAGAUUCAGUUCACAGUGGCGAUUGAUUUCACUGCCUCAAAUGGUGACCCUCGAAACAGCUGCUCCCUCCACUACAUCCACCCUUAUCAGCCCAAUGAGUACCUCAAAGCGCUGAUCGCUGUUGGGGAGAUCUGCCAGGAUUACGAUAGCGACAAAAUGUUUCCCGCUUUUGGCUUUGGAGCCCAAAUCCCACCAGACUUCAAAGUUUCUCAUGAUUUUGCUGUGAAUUUUGAUGAGGACAACCCAGAAUGUGCCGGUAUUCAAGGUGUUGUUGAGGCUUAUCAGAACUGCCUCCCAAAAAUCCAGUUGUAUGGUCCCACUAAUAUCGCUCCCAUCAUCCAGAAGGUUGCUGACUCAGCCUCUGAGGAGAUGCAUACCAAAGAGGCCAUGGAAUACUUUAUACUGCUAAUCCUGACGGAUGGAGUAAUCACAGACAUGGCAGAUACACGAGAGGCCAUCGUUCACGCCUCCCACCUGCCCAUGUCUGUCAUCAUCGUCGGCAUAGGCAGCGCGGAUUUCAGCGACAUGCAGAUGCUGGAUGGUGAUGAUGGAAUCCUCCGCUCUCCUAAAGGAGAACCAGUCCUGAGGGACAUUGUGCAAUUUGUGCCCUUCCGCAACUUCAAACAUGUUUGCUGAUUUAAGAAACUGUAUGGUACCUCUGGUCAGGGCAUAGUCAAGAAACCAAACUACAAGAGGAUGCCGUACAUCUGAAGGCAUCCUGGUUUCUUUUCAUCUCUCUCCUCUCUCAGGUCAGUGCGUUGCUCUCACAGCUGUCUGUUUGAGCUCCAAUAACAAGCAUCUCGGCGCUGGGACACAGGAAAGGAAACAUCAAAGCUCUUAGAUUUUACAGGCCUGUGUUUAGUUUAAUUAAGGAGUGUGGACUUGUUCAUGUAGAACAGUCUUCAUUAUGAAAGCAUUUCUUUAAGUGACGUGAGGCGUAUUCUGUCCUGCUUUGACCCAGCAAUAUCUUUGCCUCUGAAGUUGGGUUCAUGCAAAGUUCAGUUUUUUAAUUCUAUUCAAUACAGUACAUAUUUUUUAUUUCUGUAAAGCCUAUGUGAGACAAAAUGGUCUCAAUACAAAGUCUAGUUGGCCUUUGAUAAAGGUGUAAUUUUGCUCAAUCAAGAUUUUUCAUAA